GUCCAAGCAAUAAAUUUUAACAACAGUUAUUUCAAAAAAAAUCAAAAAGAGAAAAGAAAGGAAAAGGAAAAAAAGUCUGUAGAUUUUCUGCGUUUGCUUCCAAAAGGACAGAAAAAACAUUGAAUGUUUAGCGCGUGAAACGCUAACUUAAAUUUUGUUAUCAUUUUCGGAUUUGCAUUUUCUGGAGAGUUUAUAUAUAUUGGUGUUUUUUGUUCUUGGUAAUUAUCAAAAACCAUGGGGAGGUCUCAGGAUAAGCUUGAUAAGAUGCAGCUCCGGCAGAGUUACCGGAAUGUAUGGCAGUCUGAUCUCAUGGGCACUGUCACCGCCGAUACUCCUUAUUGUUUCUUCUCGUGUUUGUGUGGACCUUGUGUUUCAUACUUACUUCGAAAGAGAGCACUUUACAAUGACAUGUCAAGGUACACUUGUUGCGGUGGAUAUAUGCCUUGUAGUGGUAGGUGUGGAGAAAGCAAAUGCCCUCAACUUUGUCUUGCCACUGAGGUUUUCUUCUGUUUUGGAAACUCUGUAGCAUCUACUCGGUUUAUGCUACAAGAUGAAUUCAACAUCCAAACAACACAAUGCGACAAUUGCAUAAUUGGAUUUAUGUUCUGUCUCAACCAAAUCGCUUGCAUCUUCUCUCUUGUCGCUUGCAUUGUUGGAAGUGAUGAACUCUCCGAAGCUUCUCAGUUGCUCUCUUGCUUGGCUGAUAUGGUCUAUUGCACGGUCUGCGCAUGUAUGCAGACACAACACAAGAUCGAGAUGGACAAAAGAGAUGGUGUGAUUGGUUCUCAACCAAUGUCAGUGCCACCAGCUCAGCAAAUGUCUCGCAUUGAUCAACCGGUCCCUCCCUAUGCCGGUUACCCUCCACCUGGCUAUCCCCAGCCUUACUAUCCACAGCCUGGUCAUGGUUACCCUCCUGCUCCGGGUUAUCCACCUCCCGGUCAGAGUUACCCUCCUCCCGGUCAGGGUUACCCUCCUCCCGGUCAGGGUUACCCUCCUCCCGGUCAGGGUUAUCCUCCUGCACCGGGCUAUCCUUCAACCGGUUAUCCCUCAAAGUAAAAAACAUUAAUCGAUAUCUCAAUCUUUGAAGUCAAAGUUGUAAUAUCAGAUCUCAAACCGGUCUUCAGAACUUUUAUAUCGUUGAACUAUUGUCCUUUGGUAUGUUGUGAUUACUUUGCAAGUACUUUCUGUUUGGUUCAGGCCCGGAAACCUUCUAUAUACCGACCGGUUUGCUGUCUCAUCGGUUUUUGGUUUUCUUCUUAAUUAUCUAAUGGACAACUAAACUCUAGAAAACCAUAUAGUUUAGUUUACAUCUUUUGUUUUAAUCGGGAAUAGUUUAUUUUUUGUAUUAA